UUUUUUUUAAGGAGGAGAGAAAUAAUGGGUGUGAGAAAGGAGAAAAGCUGGAGAAUAGUAGGAAUGUUGGUUUUUUAUUGUAGCUUAGCCAUGGGAUUGAGAGCAGUAUUUGCGAAAAGGCCCCUCGCAUACUCCCUCAAUGAAACAAGCACCAACAAUAGCAUUAGCUCCAUUUACAAGGGGUUUGGAGAGAGGGACUACAAAUACAUCCUCAGCAACAUUUUUGAUAGCCUCUUCAACAAUGGCGAUUCUUCGAAGAAGCGUGUUUGGCCAGACCUUGAGUUUGGAUGGAGGGUCGUACUGGGUUCGAUCAUCGGAUUCCUUGGGGCCGCUCUCGGAAGCGUCGGGGGGGUUGGCGGAGGUGGAAUAUUUGUGCCCAUGCUCACCUUGAUCAUUGGCUUCGACCCAAAAACAUCGACGGCCGUCUCCAAAUGUAUGAUCAUGGGCGCCGCAGGAUCGACAGUUUACUACAAUCUGAGACUGCGGCAUCCGACACUGGACCUGCCAAUCAUUGAUUAUGACCUUGCAUUACUAUUUCAGCCUAUGCUCAUGCUGGGUAUCAGCAUUGGAGUCGCUUUUAAUGUUAUCUUCCCAGAUUGGAUGGUUACUGUUCUCCUCAUUAUCCUCUUCCUAGGUACAUCUACGAAGGCACUCUUUAAGGGUAUAGAGACAUGGAAAAAGGAGUCCACAAUGAAACAGGAAGCUGCUAAACUGAUGGCAUCACAAACCAAUGAUGGCCCAGAGCUGGAGUACAAGCCAUUACCAAGCGCACCUACUCCUAAUGUACAACUUAGGUCUUCACCGGAUGAAGAGGUGCCUAUAAAAGAUAAUAUAUAUUGGAAGGAGCUAACGUUGCUAUUAUUCGUCUGGGUGGCAUUCCUAGCAGUGCAGAUAGUAAAGACAUAUGCCACAACCUGCUCUAUAGGGUACUGGGUUCUAAACACCAUGCAGGUGCCAAUUGCCGUUUCUGUUACACUCUACGAAGCUCUCUGUCUGUGCAAGGGGAAGAGGACCAUUGCUUCCAGGGGUAAGCAAGAUGUAACUUGGAAGAUGCACCAGCUGUUCCUCUACUGUUGCUGUGGAGUAUUAGCAGGGAUUGUUGGAGGACUUCUUGGGCUCGGAGGAGGGUUUAUCUUAGGGCCAUUGUUUCUUGAGAUGGGAGUUCCUCCUCAGGUAGCAAGUGCAACAUCAACAUUCGCAAUGACCUUCUCAUCUUCAAUGUCUGUCAUACAAUAUUACCUUCUCGAUCGCUUCCCAGUUCCAUAUGCUUCUUACUUUGUGUUCCUGGCUACUGUCGCGGCCUUCACUGGCCAACACAUUGUGAGGAGGCUAAUAGUGCUCCUAGGCCGGGCAUCACUGAUCAUCUUCAUACUGGCUUUAACCAUCUUCGUCAGUGCAAUCAGUUUAGGUGGUGUGGGAAUAGCAAACAUGGUAGAAAAGUUGGAAAGAAAAGAACAUAUGGGUUUUGAAAAUCUAUGCUACCACUCUUGAGGUCUCAUGUUACAUUGUCUUGCAAUUAUUUUUAACUGCUCUGCAAAUAUCAAUGUCGGCUUUUUUUCCAAUGGGUACUAUCUGGUCAUCUAUGUCCAGAUAAGUAUUUUAGGUACCACCUUGUGAUUGAGUCCAGAUAGGAAUCUUGUCAUAUGGUCCACAAAAGCUUCCAGUUUAAUGGUGAAAUCUCCUUUCCUUGCUUUGCAA